AUACCCACUUAGCUGCACGGUUUAAAUUCAAUUUACUUUCUAUCAAUUUCACUGUUAUGUUUUUAUUGUUUUGGUAGCAAAAGAUAGGAAAUGAAUUUGGACACUAAAGAAGAACAACAUUCAUACAACACUGCCAUGUCUGCUCAACCUCCCACUAUUCCUCUUCUUACCCCUUACGAGUUGGGCACCUUCAAUCUUUCGCAUAGAGUUGUUUUGGCACCAUUAACUAGGCAGAGAUCAUACAACAGUGUCCCUCAGCCACAUGCUAUUUUGUAUUACUCUCAGAGAACCACCAAAGGAGGUCUUCUUAUAUGUGAAGCCACUGGAGUUUCUGAUACUGCUCAAGGGUAUCCUGAUACUCCUGGCAUUUGGACCAAAGAACAAGUUGAGGCAUGGAAACCCAUAGUAGAUGCUGUCCACGCCAAAGAUGGUAUCUUCUUUUGUCAAAUUUGGCAUGUUGGGCGAGUUUCAAAUGCUGGUUUUCAGCCAAAUGGGCAGGCUCCAAUAUCCUGUACAGACAAGCCUUUGACUCCUCAGAUUCGAGGUAAUGGCAUUGAUCUUGCUCAGUUCACACCUCCUAGGCGACUAAGAACGGAUGAAAUUCCUCAAAUUGUGAAUGAUUUUAGAAUUGCCGCAAGGAAUGCCAUGGAAGCUGGUUUUGAUGGAGUUGAGAUCCAUGGAGCUCAUGGCUACUUAAUUGACCAGUUUAUGAAAGAUCAGGUGAAUGACCGAACAGAUCAAUAUGGUGGAUCUCUAGAGAACCGUUGUCGCUUCGCUUUAGAAGUUGUUGAAGCUGUGGUCAAAGAAAUAGGAGCCGAUAAAGUUGGAAUUAGAUUAUCUCCAUAUGCAAACUAUAUGGAAUCAGGAGAUUCAAAUCCUGAAGCCUUGGGACUUUACAUGGUUGAAUCCUUGAACAAAUAUGGCAUACUUUACUGCCACAUGGUUGAGCCAAGAAUGAAAACAGUUGGGGAAAAAUCUGAAUGUCCACAGAGUCUUUUGCCUAUGAGAAAGGCUUUUAAGGGUACAUUUAUUGCUGCUGGGGGUUAUGACAUGGAAGAUGGAAACAAAGCUGUGGCGGAAAACCGCGCAGAUCUCAUUGCUUUCGGUCGCCUUUUCCUGGCUAAUCCAGAUUUACCAAGGAGAUUUGAGCUUAAUGCACCUCUAAACAAGUACAACAGAGAAACAUUUUACAUUUCUGAUCCUGUGAUUGGUUAUACUGAUUAUCCAUUCCUGGAAGCCAGUACUUGAGUUUCUGGCUGGAUUCUAUCAAAUUAAUUCUUUUCAGAUAGCUGAUAAGAAAAUCUUUACUAAAGCAAAGAUGGAUGCCUUUAUUAGUUUAUACCUCAGCUGUAUCAAUAAAUGGUUAUUUUCUUUUUCUGAUGUAACAAAAAAUAACAAUGUUAGUGUAGGUAGAACAACUUGUUCAAUGUGAGUUCACAUAUAUAAGCAUUACAACAUUCUCCUCA